UUGCAUGAAGUGGAAAGAGGAGGCGGAGGAGGAGCAGCAGCAAGAGAGAGGAAGUUCCAAAACUUUUUUUUCCAGUCCAGAGAAAGAUUCAUGGAGACGCUCCGUUAGUUUUUCAGAAGAACGGGGAAACCAGAGGAAACUUGGGAAAUAUAAGCGUAGACCACAGCGUCAAAAAGUGGAUCCUUCUUUACUGGGCUUCUCCUCACAUGAAAUCCGAAGCCAAAAAGUGUAUUUGCUUUGGUCCUGAGUGGUUUGUUCCUUCCCAGUUUGAGAGGACUUCCACCAUCAGAGGCGAUGCGAUGUGAGUGAGCUAUGCCUUGUGGAAAUGGAGCGACUGUAACCAAGCGGAAACAUGGCGUCUACGGGCCCAGCUUCUACAUUUUCUCCAGUCUGUUUGUGGCCCUCUGCUGCCUGGAGCCAUGGAGCCUCGGCUCGCAGGCGGCAGCUGGGAAGAGCUGCAACCCCUGUCCUGUUAACUGCAGCUGCACGCCAGCGGGGCACCAACAGUCCUGCGUGGUCAACUGCUCCAACGUCGGCCUGGAGAGGGCCCCUGGAGCGGCAGACAUUCCGCUGGCCACCAGUGUGCUAGAUCUUUCCAAGAACCACAUCUCCUCCCUUGAUACGACUCUGCUAGAUCGAACCACCGGCCUUCGAGAGCUGUAUCUUCAAGGAAACAGAAUAAUUGUUCUCCCCAGAGGGGUGUUCUGCUGUGGGCCCUUGUCAGUCCUUGAUUUGAGCAACAACCUAAUUACCAAGAUAGAAGAAAGAAUAUGCGACGACCUGUGCAAUUUAACGCAAAUUGACCUAAGCAGUAACCCCUUUGAGUGUGACUGCAAGCUCUUCCGCUUAGUCAGCUGGCUCCAGGAGAAAGGCGUGCGAGUUCGCCGGCCUGAUGCUAUGCUCUGUAACCACCCUCCUGAGCUGCGCCACCAACCCCUGCUCAACGUCAGCCUGCUCACCUGCGGUCUGAAUUACGCCGCCUGUCUUGAAGACAGCAGCAGUGGAGGAGGGGGGCGGAGCGAGCUUGUCAUCUUCUCAUCCUCCACCUCGGGCAACUUCACGCGUGAACAGUGUAACAGCGUGUGUUUCGCAGCAUCUCACCGUUAUGGCGGUCUGGGGGCGAGGCACGAGUGUCUCUGCAGUACAAACUCUGAGCCCAACUUCAUCAGCGAAUCUCAGUGUUCUGCUGCAUGUACCAACCCCAAUGUCAUGAAGGAAUGUGGGUGGACUCUGGCCCAUGACGUGUUUGCAGUUGACUUCUCGGUCUUACUGAAGCCCCUCGCAUUGCAAAGUGUCCAUGACUACAUCAGUUUCUCAGUGUCGUCCUCCGUCACCCCAAUAAUGCUCUCCUGGGAUUUUGGCGACCUUUCACCUCGCGUCAACACCUCAACAACAGAACGCACGAUGUCAACACACAAAUAUGGACUUCCAGGGCAGUAUGCGGUCAGUGUGAUAGCCUGGGCUGGACACAAGGAGGUGUCUGCACGUGGAGAAGUGACUGUGGCAUUUCCUCCCAAACUGGAGCUCCACUGUCCAUCCCUUACUGUGGCCAAUAGCAGUCUGGAAGUCACGCUCGUCAGCUGGGGGGCUCUUGGCCUGAACGUGGACUGGAAGAUUGUAAAAGAUGAUGAACAGAUCACCAAAGCCUCUCCCUACUGUCCAAAAGAUGGGGUCUAUCACGCAGAGUCCUCAUGCUGUUUCCAGAUUGUUCCAGGGGAGCUGAGCUGGACUGAUGCUCACCAACAGUGUUUAGACCGCGGCGGGGAUCUGGCAAUAGUCAGAGGUGACGCGCUGCGCAACCUGCUGGCUCAUAAAGUCACACAGGAACGAGGAGUGUGGCUCGGCUUGAGUGACGUCACUUCCCCUGGCAGGUUGCGCUGGGUCAAUGGCUCUGAUGCCCAGAACGGAGAGGAAGGCCUGCCACCUCGUUUCCCAAUUUUCCGUGGAAACUCUUGUGUGUCCCUUGAUCAGCGUGCGCAGACCAGUUUGCAUCCAUGCAACACCAAGCGGGCGUUUGUCUGCCAAUACAGCCCUCAAGUUCGUGUUCCAGAUGCAGGCAUCUACAUGGUCGGCCUGGCAGCGUUUCCCUCUGUCAAUUCUUUGCUUGUUCCGCCUAUUACACCACUCUCUGCUGCGCAUCCAACAAGCACUGCCAUAGAGUUACUGCUCUUUCCGGCAUUGAGCUUUGUUAAGGCGGGUCGAUUGUCUUCCCUCGAGUUUGUCACGCAGGAGCUCAGCUCACAAAUUCAUAUUAAAUUCCAGACCUACAGACCUCACUGUCCUUAUCCCGGCCUGCACCUGCUCCUGCCCAGUUGUCAAGGUCCAGUUUGCGCUCCAGUGGCUACAUGUGUCCCAUAUGAAACCAGGGACAUUGAGCCACCCCUUUGUCCCAAACUACAACAGUGGUGUCCUUUCCAGCGGCAGUGCCUUGCCCUCUCUAGCCCGUGUCUCCCAUCCUCCUGUCAAAACUGCACCCAAGCUCCCCAUCUACCACCUGAAGCUCUGAGACCUCAAUACACCCUGCAAGACGAGGUGACCUUCACCCUGCCAGCAGGGCCAGCUGCAAACAUCCUGGUACGAGACCAGUUAGAAGAUAUCUUGGUUUCCCCUGGUGACGUCAUUGCCCUACAACAUGAUGCAGGCCGAGCAUCCCUUCUUCGCUGCCAGUCCACUCCAACUUCGAUGUGGCGACAGCCUGUUUUAGUCGUCAACCAAUCUGAGUGGAUUUUGAUUAACUCAAGCAGACGAUCAGCUGGCCACAGUGUGGACCCUCGGCCCCAUCUUGACUUGGAAGCACCACUGAAAACUGGUGAGGCAGGCUGGCUGGAGGAUGCGGUAUGCCCGAUUAGGGUGCUCUAUGUGGGACACAGCGAGAUACUGCUGCAGGGAGCACAGCUGUCUGUCGGCUUAUCCCAGCCAGGACUCUACACUCUGCAGGUGACCUCUGCUGAGCCAUCAUAUCCAGCCUCGGCAUCAUGCCCAUUGCAUGUAGUGCCCCCUUUGGGCCUAACCAUCUUGCACCCACCUCUCUGGAAUGGCAGCCUCUACUUGCAGCCCAACAAUACUCGGCUGCUGCUCCACGUCCAGUCCCGAUACAUCACGAGAGCAUCUCAGCGAGGAAGUAAUCACAACGUGACCUUUCAAUCAGACUGUCCCUCAAAUUUUCUAUCCAAUCCCACACUCUGCAAGCAUGGCUCUCAUUCAGAGAUGGAGGCCGCAGAACCAAGCCUUUAUGCAGCAUUGGAUCUAAACUUGGGGGUAGAGGAGCAUAGAGGACCAAUACAGGUGGACCUUGAAGCCCAUAACAAUGUCACAGAAUCCAACCUGACUGUGGUUGUCCACCUGGAAGAACCUUUAAAAGGACUGGUAGUCGAGCCGUUCCCAGCUCACAGGGUCCUCAUGGAGUCAGUCGUGAGUUACACAGCAUCAGUCCUUGAAGGCUCCAAUCCCACAUUCAAAUGGACAGUUGAUGACAAGCCGUACUUCACUUAUUACAACACGGUCCUCAAUGUGAUCUACCAGCACGCUGCAGUCUACAAGCUCACAGUGACGGCUAUGAACCACAUCAGCAGCCUCACAGAGCAUUUCAACGUCACUGUGGACCGUCUGCAACCUAUGAGCAACCUUACAGUGAAGGGUGUUCCAGAUGUGGUCCCCCAGGGCUCUACUCAGACACUUACUGCGUCUGUGCUUGUGGACAUGUCUGUAAUGGCCACCUUUAGAUGGUCUUUUGGUGAUGGGGGAUAUAAAGAGUUUGAAUUCAAGCCUCCCUACGCUCCAUCCUAUCUUUGCCCAGACUUCCCCAAUCAAGUCCUACUAAGCAACAAUAUCACUUAUAUCUACUCUCAGCCAGGAAUAUACACAGCACUAGUGUCAGUGUCCAAUCGUUAUGAGAACAUCAGUCAGAGCAUCAACAUGAGUGUCUACAGCAUCCUAACUCGUGUUGAUAUACAGACGGAGCCGCGACUUCUCCUCGCCAGAAAAUCAGCAGAUUUUGAGGCUCACCCUUUGCCCUCACCCUACGGAAUUCACUAUGACUGGAACUUUGGGGAUGGUUCUUCUCAGUCCCAAGGUCGCCGUGUGGCACACACAUAUGCACACAGUGGUGCAUUCAAUGUCUGUGUGUCCGUAAAUAACACCAUCAGCUACACCAAAGCCUGUGCCAAUAUUUUUGUAUUUGAUGAGAUUGAAGAUUUGACAGCUGAAAGCUCCUCUCCUACAGAACUUAACAGUCCUACUACAGUUAGAGCCCACCUUGCUUCAGGUAAUAACAUAACAUGGACAUUUUCUAUGGGUGAUGGGACUAUCUACACGACAUCUGAACCCCACGUGUCUCACAGCUAUACUAAAGAUGGUAACUACACAGUGAAUGUGACUGCUGCAAAUGCUGUGAGCUCUGGCUGGACACUUGUUCCUGUGCAGGUCUAUGUAUUUCAAGUUGUCAGGAUGGAGCCUUCUGGUUGUGUCCAAGAAAGGACCUUGGUCAACUUUGAAACAUGGGUGUCUGGCAAUGCAUCAGCCAAUCUUUAUGAAUGGAGCUUUGGAGAUGGAAGUCCUAACGAGACACACCUUGGAAAUCCCAGAGUGUCACACACCUACAAGACAAGCGGGAACUACCACCUUUCUCUUAGUCUUUCCAGUGGAAUCAACAAGGCUUCUAAAGCCAGCUUCUUUAGAUGGGUGUGUGUGGAGCCAACCUUAACCAGCAUCAACCUCACCCUUGAGAAAACACACUAUGCUGUCGGUGAAGAAAUUUGGUUGCAUGUCAGAGCCGACCCAGAGUUUACCUACAACUAUCUUUGGAACUUUGGUACAGAGGAAGAACCUGUGGUGAUCCAUGGCGUUGGGAAUGCCGUGACAACAUAUGCAAAUCCAGGUUAUUACAUAGUGACAGUAACAGUCUCCAAUAACAUCUCCGCAAGUAAUUCUAGUGUUCUCGUUGAGGUUCAGAUGCCAAUCGGGCCAAUUGUAAUUCUACAUAAUGGCACUAAGUACAAUUACUUGAUACUUAGGCAGCCAUAUUUUUUCACAACCCCAAUCUCAUCUCCUGAUGUCACUCACACCUGGAACUUUGGAGAUGGGAAUCUGUUUUCCGCCCACAGUGUCCCUUACACCUACAACUUCUCUGGUAACUACAACAUCACAUUGACAGCAACCAACUCAGUCAGCAGGAAUUACACUGUUUUACCCAUUGCUGUGCUAGCGCCAGUUCGUGGGUUAACGGUCAACGCAAGCCUGGUAAAUGUUCCUCUCAAUGCCUCGGUCCACUUUGAGGCUCAAAUGGUAGAGGGAGAUGAUGUCAGAUUUUCUUGGAUCUUGUGCGACCGCUGUACCUCUAUCCCAGGGAUCCACACCAUGUUCUACACUUUCCGCUCUGUUGGCACUUUUAAUAUCAUUGUGACAGCGGAGAACGACGUAGGGACGGCCCAAGCUAGUAUCUUCCUGUUUGUUCAGCGUGAGCUGGAGGGACUGUAUAUUUUACCCGAAGAGGAGAUGGGAAUAGGUCGAGGCACCGGAAUGGGUGGUUGUUGCUUUGCUACAAACCGUGUUCUCCACCUUCAUGCAGGCUUAAAAGAAGGAACCAAUAUGACUUUUACUUGGAAUGUCAUCAGAGAGCACGAUCCUAUCAACUCGAGAUUCAACAUAAGUGGCAAGACUGUGGAAGUAAAUUUCUCUACACCGGGGCCAUGUGAGAUCAUUCUUCGAGCAGCUAACCUCCUGGGCCAGCUGUCUAUCAACAGAACCAUCCACUUCCUAGACCCAGCCGGAGGAGUAUAUCUGCAGAUCAGCAAAAACCCUGUUGCUGUCAAUGCUCCUACUAAUCUGUCAGUGUCUACUUUGGAGGGCUCAGACCUGCAAUACCGCUGGUUUGUUAAUGGAGAUACUCUGCAGUGGAACGGAUUCUGGAAGACUCACACUUUUCCUAGUCCUGGACUACACCAUGUUACUGUGGAGGUCUUCAAUGAAGUUAGUUCUGAGCUUGUGUCUGAGAUGGUCAGCGUCCAGGAAGUUAUCUCUGGGCUUGGGUUUACAGUAAACAAUGUGACAGAGCAAAGUUACAUAGCAACAGGGGUCACUGUCACGCUCCAGGGGGAGGUGGUGACAGGAACCAAUGUGACGUGGACAUGGAUGUUGGAUGGAAUCACAGAAACAGGACAGAAAACAUCUGUGGUGUUUCAGAAGCCAAAGACAGCCACUGUUGUGCUGAAUGCCACCAAUGAUGUCAGUGGACAAGUCGUUUCAAAGGAGUUCUUUGUUCAGGACAAGAUUCAGGGGCUAGAGCUGAGGGCAAGUAAAAAGAUAGCAGUGCUUGGUGAGAAGGUGGAGUUCACCAUUUCUUUGGCAGCAGGCUCAGAUGUUCGCCUGAUACUCAGCAUCAGCGGAGAUGCAACCAUUACCCCACAACUCAACCAAACCUAUGUGCACGUAUUCAGCAGGGUUGAUACCUACAUGGUGAACCUCACUGCUCACAAUCAGGUAAGUUCCAAGAGGAGACACCUACAGGUUGAAGUGAUGGAGCCACUGCGUGGAUUGUCCAUCCAAGGAAGCUGCACAGCAAUCCCUGUAGGUGUGAAGAGGUUAUUUACGGCAAACAUCCUAACGGGUAAACCUGUUAGUUUCCUCUGGACGUUUGACCUGCACCACCUCCACAAGACCUCACAUAUUGGCAAAGAGGUAGCCUACAUACCAGAAGAACCAGGUUUAUUGACCAUUUACCUGAGGGCCUUCAAUGCGCUGCAUGCUCAGAACAUCACCAAGCACAUUUUGGUGCAGAACCUGCUUUUGGAUGCAGUCCUUUAUGCAACACCUCGCGACACUUUGGUCAAUAAGACCGUCGCUCUGGUUGCUUCUGUGACACCCAGAUCACAUCCUGUAGAGUGCUUGUGGGAAUUUAAUGAUGGUUCUACUCCAGUUCACACCAACACCACAACUGUGGGUCAUGAGUACAGGAACCCAGGAAACUACAUGGUGCAAGUGAACUGCAGUAAUCUGGUGAGCUGGGUGUUAGCCCAGGUAGAAGUAAACAUCAGUGUCUUGGAGUGCGAGGAACCAGAGGUACAGGUGGUUCAAGCCCCCCGCCUCGCCAUCUGGAGAUCUCAGCCCACUUUUGUGGAGGCCACUGUUGACCGGAAAGGCUGUGUCAUCUAUGGAGCACAGUACCUCUGGCAAAUUCUCUCAACACCAUCCUGUGAUAAUGACCUGCUUUUUCCAUCUGGAGUCUUGGCUCAACCCUCUCAGCCGUCUAAUGCAGUCAUUGACCUCCCGGUGGAGGUAGAUGUGCGGCGGCUACAGCUGUCGUUGCCCAAAAUGGCUCUGGCUACAGGGAACUACACUUUGGUGUUUUCACUGUCAUAUGAAGGCGUGCCAUUAAGGAAGGGUGCCUGUCUGCAACUUAGCGUCAUGGCUGCACGGCUUAUGCCCAUCAUAGAAGGUGGUACCUAUAGGGUGUGGUCGAGGACUCAGGACCUCCAACUCAGUGCAGAGCAGUCCUACGACCCCAAUAUGGACCCCGACAACCAGUCACUACUCCACUACCACUGGGAGUGCCAAAGCACCUCAAAGGGUCCUGAGCACUGCUCCAGCCUGAACUUUGGUUUGGGGUCCAGCGGUCCUGUCCUGGGGAUCUCUGGCAUUGAGUUGGAGGCAGAUGUGGAAUACACUUUCAAGCUGACUAUCAGCAAAGAGGGAAUGGCACCAGAGUCCACCACACAAACAGUGCUUCUCCAGAGCGGUCACAUCCCCAUGGUAUAUCUGGAGUGUGUGUCCUGUAGGGCGCAGUCCAUCUACGAAGUCAGCCAGAACUCGUAUGUCUACCUCAGAGGAACCUGCACCAAUUGCCAGGGCAUUCACCGUGGGAGAUGGACGGCCAUGACGUUGCAGAACGAGACCCUGAUCCUGGACUCCUCCUCGACGACCACAAGAAGUGACGGUAUGAAUCUGGUGCUGCGACAGGGCGUCCUUCGCCACGGAGACUCCUACAUCUUCACCUUGCAUGUAACCGAUGACGCACUGGAUGAUGAAGGCGCUGCCUCUAUUACACUGCACCACAACAUGCCUCCGGCGGGUGGGGAGUGUCACCUGAGAGCGGGAGGGGAGGCGGAAGGGGACAAUGGCGAUGGAGAUGGUGGAGGUUGGAGGAUUCGAACGCUGCUGGACAGAGUAUACUUCAAGUGCUCAGGUUACAGUGAUCGGGGCAUCUCAGUGACACCUUUACUCUAUAGUUUGUUAGUGACACGCUGCAGAGAAGACUACUGUGAAGAGUUCUGUGUGUACAAAGGCAGCAGUCCAGAGCAUUCAGCCUUUCUUCCGCCAGGCUUCAGCUCGGCCCGACAUCGCGUUGCUGUGUCCAUCACAGUCGAGGACCUUCAAGGAGCAGCAAUCACCGCCCUCAACAAAUCCAUUGAGGUGGAGCUGCCGGAUCCACCGUCUGAAUACACAAGUCUUCCCCACUGGCUGGCAGAGCUGACUGAUAGUAAACUCAAACAGCUGCUGGAGCAAGGAGACUCUCAAAGAGUCAGGGAGCUUUCCUUGGCUCUUAUUACUGUCCUAAAUGAGUACGAGCAGAGCAGGGAGUCCACUCAGGUGUCCCUCGACGAGCGGGGCUACCGAGUAAGAGUCCGCAGCAACAUCACCAGGGCUCUGACUUCACUAGACCUGAACUCUGUGAAUGACAUUCAGCAAACCUCUGCUGCGCUCGCACAGUGCACGGCAGUGAGUCGGGAGUUUAUCUGUGAAGAGUGUCAGAACAGCACUCUCAACAAACUUGAGUCUAUGUUAGAGAUUCUACAAAAUGACACCAAGCAGGGAACGGUUACUCCGACUGAGAUAGCUGACAACAUCCUGAACAUCAUGGGUGAUCUGAUCCAUCAAGUCAGCCAGUCAGCAUCUUACGUCCAACCUGCCUAUGUGGAUUCCCCAUCAUUCUACUCUACCUCCCCGUUGUCUUCCUCUGGUUCAUACCAUGGAGGUAUUCUGUUGGACCCCUCCCCAUCCUCCUUGGAGCCACACCCACUGCGAGUGGCAGCCAAAGCCUUCAGCCUGUCCUCGGUUCUGAUGCUGAUCUUGAUGCAUUGCCGCGUUCUCAACGAAGAGCCACUUGUGCUGAGGGGAGCAGAGAUUGCUGCCACAGGAAAACUGGCCGACCCCCAGAGUCUGCUCUGUUACCAUGGCAACAGCAGCCCAGAGUGCCAGCGCUUCUCCAUCCCGAGAGCGUUCAACAGCAGUCUGGGCAGAGCUGCCGCAGGAAACAGUGUCAUGCAGUUACUCUUCCAGUUGGAGUCCAACCCCUUCCCCUUCAACUAUGUAGCCAACUAUACCGUCUCCACAGAAGUGGCAUCAAUGGAGUUCCGCACUGAAAAUGGCACCCAGAUUCCCAUCUCUGGACUGGACGACAGUCUCGCCAUCACUGUCGCCAUUAACAACGGAAGCGGAGGAGAGCUAGGCACAGAUACUUCCAGUGCAGGAGGAGUGCCCACAGCUGGAGCUGUAAACAUCAGCCAUUGUGACUCUGUCAUCGUCAGGGUGACUACAGGGAACAGCCACCGACAGGCUGGACUGUUUGUGCAGCUCAACUUCACAUCUUUGGAAGAUACCAGAGGGGGAACAAAGGGAAACAAAGACAAUGAGGAGCCACAUAUUGAAGCCUACCUUCAUUCCCAUGAACAGCCAAAUGAAUUCAACUGCACCGACAAAAAACGUAUCACACUCAGUAUGACCCAGGACUUUGAUCACAAGAAAUACACCUUCUUCCUGUCACCUGAGUUGUAUGACACCACACUGGACUACUUUAUCAACGUAAGCACGCCCUGCAGCCCCACCUCACAGCCUGCUGGCGUUCAUCUUGAGGUGGGGCUGUUUGUCUCGCUGUGCCAGUACUUCAGCGAGAGCGAGAAGCAGUGGCGAACAGAUGGCAUGGUGCCCCUGGCGGAAACAAAUGCCAGCAGAGCCGUUUGCCGCACCAAGCACCUCACAGCCUUUGCCGCGGGUCUCUUUGUACCACCUAAUGCAGUCAGCUUUACUGUACCAGAGCGAUCCGGCCCACCAAGCUUAGUGGUGCUGCUAGUGUGCAUGUUGGGCUUACUCAGCUACGUUGUUGCUGCUGCCAUUUUGCACAAGUUGGAUCAGUUGGACUUACGCCGGGCUGGUGUGGUUCCUUUGUGUGGCACUGAUGGGCUCUUUAAAUACGAGAUUCAAGUCAAAACUGGCUGGAGUCGUGGAGCAGGCACAACCGCUCAUGUGGGAAUCAAUCUGUACGGCCGUGAGGGCCGCACCGGACACCGCCAUCUGGACAGCAGGGGAGCCUUUGCACGCAAUGCUCUCGACAUAUUCCAUAUUGCUACAGACACUAGCCUGGGCAGUGUGUGGAAAAUACGCAUUUGGCAUGACAACAAGGGUCUGUCCCCAGCAUGGAUGCUUCAGUAUGUCUUGGUCAAGGACUUACAGACCGGAAGCAGUUACUACUUUCUGAUUGAGGAGUGGCUGUCAGUAGACAAUGAGAGAACAGAUGGUCGGGUAGAAAUGGAGGUGGAGGCCUCAGAAGAGGCAGCGCUUCGCCAGUUUCCUCGCCUCCUGCAGUGUGAGCUUCAGAGGGCGCUGUGUGAGAGUCACCUGUGGCUGUCGCUGUGGGAGAAGCCCCCUCGCAGCCCCUUCACCCGCUUGCAGAGAGCCACGUGCUGUGCUUUGUUACUACAGCUCUUUUUGGUCUUCAACACACUGUGGCACAGCAUUGUGCUUGACAAGAGAUACAGUCCACAGGCCGUGUCACAGUUGUCUUCACUGAAUGGCGAGACUGUCGCCGCAGGCGUGGUGACUUGUCUGAUUGCUUAUCCUCUUUACCUCUUGGUCUUCACCUUCUUCAGAAUGAGCCGCAGCAAGUGCGUGUCAGUGGAGCAGGUGCCUCCACAAGGAGACCAGGAGUCGGUGGAGAUUGAUGACUUCCUGGAUAACUCCAUGGCUGGAAGUUCUUUCCUCUACUUUGAUGGCGAGACCAACUCAGAGGAAACCAAUGUGGAUUUGCCAACUCCCUCUACCAAAAGUGUGGAGAGUUGGGGUGUGGCAGAAGAGGAGACAGACGACAGGGACUGGCCAGAACUGUUGGGUCAUGUGUCUGUGACAGGAGGGGUCGGGCAUGGGACAGUUCUUCCGAGGCUGAAGAGGGGCCAAGGUAGCAGGCAUCUUGGUGUGGACAUGACCUUUAAUCCUGGCGAGGAUGAUGACCAACGUAACAAACAUUUUACUGCUUCAGAUGAGGACCUGAUCAAACACAUUCUGACUGAUGGACAAAAUUUCUUUCCACAAGCAGAUGAAAGUGAGAUGGCUGACCUGUCAAGCAUUUUAGAAGAUAACACAGAAGUGAUUCUUCUCCAGAAAAUGAAUGAGCCUCCUCCUCUUGAUUAUGUCAGAAGAGAACCCCCGAAAACUGCUUUCACCUCCAACACAGUUGUAACAGACGUGUGUCGUCCCAGACGGUUCCCUCCGUGGUGUGGACGUGCCGCCCUGUGGGGGAGCUGGGCAGGGAUCGCCCUGGCAAAUAGUAUAUCCAUAUGGGCGGGACACGGGUUCAGUCAGCAUGUUGCCAUGAUGUGGCUCAUCUCUUGUUUUGCCAGCUUCAUGUGCUCCUGUCUCCUGCUGGAGCCAAUAAAGGUGUUGUGUGAGGCCUUUUACUAUGCAGUCUUUGUGUGUCGGCUGCGGCCUGAGGACCAGGAUGUGCUGGUGGAGUUCCCCAUGGUGGAGAGGGUGGUGCAGAGAGUCCACAGGGUGAGACCACCUCAGGGCUAUGCUCUGUCCCAGGACCGGCACCAGGCCCGCAAGGUCCGCAUGCUGCACACCAUGUUGAAGAACUUCCUGGUUUACAUGUUCUUUUUGCUGGUGGUUCUGCUUCUCAACUAUUCGGACUCAGCCAAACACACACACAGCCUGAGACUGCAUACUCAGCUACAACAUGCGCUACACACGCCUGAGUACCACAACAUCAGCAGCCGAAACGAUGUUCUGAUUUGGCUGAACGAAUCGUUGUUACCCCGCCUUCUGAAUGACUCCUCCCUCCUGGGGGACACAGGAAGCGUGUUACUUGGCACACUGAGACUCCGACAACUCCAGCAUACACACGUCGGGGCUGGUUACAGCUCAGAGGACAAGUGGGAACAGGGCUUGCCGGGUAUCACUGAUAAUGGUGCUGCUGAUGUAAACUGGGUUUGGCCUUUGGGUCAGAGGACUCUAACCAAUACAAGCACAAAAUUGGUCCUCCAGCUGAACAGGAAUCUAGAGGAGGCCUCACUCUGCCUGCAGCAGCUCCAGCAGGAGCACUGGCUGGACUACAGGAGCCGUGCCUUGUUUGUGGAGUUCUCGAUAUACAACAUCAACACAAAGCUCUUGGCAGUCUUCUCCUUUCUCUUUGAGUUCCCAGUUUCUGAGCGUGCUCAGUCCAGCCUUGACCUCACCAUCAUCACUCUGUGGCCAAUCACAGGGCUGGAUUUGCAGCUCCUUUUAAUGAUUGUACUUCUAGCCCUGGUGUUAUAUUUCCUGGUGCGAGGGGUCUUGGGAUUCCUCCAAGAGGGCUACACCUACCUGCUGUCCUCCUGGAGAAUCCUGGGCAUCUGUAAACUCGCUCUCGCCACAUCUGUGUGCGGCUUGCAUCUUAGUCGCUGCGUCAUGGCCCAGCAGCAGUGGGCGGCGUACCUCAAGCACCCACGUGAUGCCUUCACAGACUUCCACCCACUUGCAAAGCGGAGUCAGAUGUACACAGUCAUGGCGGCCAUGCUUCUCUUUAUACUGGUGCUCAAGGCCUCCCAUCAGUUGCGCUUCCUGCGAGAGUGGGCUGUGUUUGGCAGAGCUCUGCGGCGCUCCGUUUGGGAGUUGCUGGGUGUCGCCCUAGCUCUACUGUUGAUGGUGCUGGCGUACUCGCACGCAGGACACCUGCUCUACCACUCCGUAUUUGAUGGCUACGGCAGCGUCAGCUCCACCUGCUUGUCCUUGUUGGGGGCUGGCGGGCGUGGCCUGUUGUCAUGGGGACCAUCCCAGUCACUAACUGGUCCCUCAAGCACCGUCUCGUCACUGGUGUUCCACGCAAGCUUUGCCGUGCUGCGCUUGGUCUUGCUGUGGUUGCUCACCUCUGUUUUACUGAGGAACUACCGGCGUGGACGGGCAGAGUUGUACCGCCCAGCUGUCGAUCUACAAGACUACGAGAUGGUGGAGCUGUUCCUCAGAAGGCUCAAAAUGUGGAUGGGUCUCAGUAGAGCCAAGGAGUUUCGUCACAAAGUUCGUUUCGAGGGCAUGGAGCUGCCGCCAUCUCGCUCGUCGUCCACCAGCGACUGCAAGUCUCUUUGCUUGCCCCCGCUGGAACGUCCCGAUUCCCCAUCCACGCCAGACAGUAUCGACGCUGGCUCCGAAGCCUCCUGGUGCCCGGCCUCCUCCAGCCCCUGCAGCUUGACAGAAGCCCCCGGUAUCGGAUUGGGGCUCGGGCUCGGCCUCGGGCUGGGGCUCGGUCCGGGGGUGGCGGUGGGCGGGGCCAGCUGGAAGGAGAGAGCCGAGACCGAGGCCUCCAUGAAGAGGCUGCUCCCCACCUUUGACGCCCUGCUGCAGCAGCUUGAUCGUGUCACCGUGGCAACGGAGGAUCUCUUCCACAUGGAGUGUCGACUGGAGCGAGCGCAGAGGAAGAGGAGGCGCGGCAGCAGAGUGGAUCAGAGGGGAAAGGCGGGGGACAAAGAAAGGAAGAGGAGCAAAGAAAAGCUCAAAGUGGGCAAGAAGGCGAGAAAAAAGGACACCGCAGCCAAAAAUACUUCCGGAGACACAAACGUUCCCUCGGCAAAACCCAAAGCAGCUGACAAAUCCAUCAGUGCCCCCCCGCCGACUCCAGUCACUGACCCCUCCUCCCCCCCUCUAUCACCCAGCAGCCCCCUUUCCCAUUCCCAUUCCCAAGUUCCCAAAUCCAGCACUGUCCCUACAUGUACCCCCGCAGCCACCCCCUCCCUGCCAUCUGGAGCCUGGGAGCACCCCCCCGUGGAAAGAGAGACUCACCCCUCCUCCAGCAUGUUCAACCACCCGGCCCACACGACCACCAUUCCCGCGCACAAGAGAAAACGCAAGCCCCCUCCGCUCAAAAACAAAGUGCACCCCAACUAAAAGAGAUGAGGGCCUGGACACCCCCAAAAUGAGAUAAAAUGUAGGGUUAAGGACGAGAGGAGGGCGGGGGCAGCUGGUUUUGUCUCUGCAUGCUCCUCUCUAAACCCUCAUGGAAAGCACAAGAAGAAAGGUUUGAAUCCCGCGGACGUGGUGCCGGUCACCAGCUCGGACAGCGAGGCAAAGGCCAACAUUCAAAGCAGUACGCAGUUCCCCCCCACCCCUGAUCCCAUGUCACCCUGGAGGUCACAUGGAGGUCAUUGACAGGAGCACAGAAGCGUGCUCACCUGAGGACUUAACGAUCUGUUUGUGUUUGUGUAACCAAAAAAAAAAAACAGAUGAAGACUUUGUGUGUCCGUACUUUUCUACGCGUUCUCAACAUUUUGCUACUACAGUAUUACUACUUUGGGCUCUUGUCCGAAUACACAUUUGUUCUUCAAUCAUCCAUCAUGUGCAUGCGAGGCAGAUCGACGCACGCGCAUGCUACACACUCUGCAGGGGCGUUGCUUCUGCAUUUUAACCCAAGCAAAUACACACUCGUUCAGGGGUAUGGCCGUCAUAUUGACUCCAACGUAAGAUCUUUUUUUAUUUGCCCCAGAAAAGUCUCAAAAAGACAAACUGCCUGGGGAUUUGUACAUGCAAACCACAGCUUUUCUUCCUGUCACUCACGCACACGCCAGCCACCCGGAGCGAUGCGGCCGUGACGCAGGAGGAGGAAUUGUGACGCUGAGUUUAAGAUAACGUGCAUCAAUGAUAUCCUUUUUAUUACGAAACAGUUCUGUCACUGAUAUUGAAAGCGUCGUUUUAAAAACAUUCAUUAGUGUUCUUGAAAUGAAAAAAAAAAGAGUUGUUUUCGAUUUGGGUCAACGUGAGCGAUGGAGAAAGGCAACGGAAGUGUAGGGAUGGCAAACACGCGUGACUUUUCCAAUCCAAUAAGGAAGAUAAAUGCAAGUCGUAGGUGGAAAUGAAGGAAAGAGGAAGGAUGCUUGUACAAGUUGAUAUUUACACACACCCCCCAUCGCCCCCACCACCAUGAAGCUAAAGACUCCCUUGGCUGUUUCUGUUGUGUUCACUAUGGUUGUGAUAUAAAUGCACUUUUGUCGUAUUAUCCAUUGUUCUGAAUGCCAGUGUUGUUGUUGUGUGAGGUAAUAAGCUCGCUAUGCGAUCCAACAGCGGAGGGGUUUUGAAAGUGAGGCAGCACAAGACUUCAGUGGAGGUACAGCAGCUUGAGAGAAAUAACGUAAUGCAUAUUUUCCAUUUAGUUCAGUGAUGCUUUAAGGCCAAAUGAGGGCAAAAUUGGGUGAGCAGAAAACGCCACUAAAUAUCUUCUCACUCUGUCAGACUUCAAAGAGCCCUGCAAGCUUAACUUAUACGGUAGCUCAUCUAUCCACACUGCCAAAGCCAAGUCAUUCAUGUCUUUUGUACUUAGCACUUUAUUUUCUCUCAGAGUUGAUAUCCAAGGCCAUAUUUAACUCUCGUGUCUUUACACUUUUUUUUUUAAAUGUAUAAAUAUAAAAAUGUAUGAAAAUGAGUUCACCAGGUACGGAAGAAGGUACCUUUUGUUGAAAAAUGUCUCGUUUCAAUCAACGUACGUACUUCUGUGUCCAGCGGGCAAAUCUCAGGGAACACACCCUUUGCUAAACUAACUAGUUUGUUCUUUUACACGCAAAAUGAAUUUUAUGGUGCGAAUUUUCUCCAAAGAAAAUGAGACUCAGUGAUUAAAUAGAAAUAUUUUUGGACUUUUUCGCACUAAUUUCCUGCCACGUCUCUUAAUUUCCAUGAUUUCGUGCAAGGUCGUAUAAAAAAAGAAAACAAAAAAACUUGCCUUGCGUGCGUGUGUGUGUGUGUGUGUGUGUGUGUAUUUUUGUGUAUCUUGGUGCUUUAGUGGUGUAUAUAUUUGUUUUCUCUUCAUGAUCAAAGUUAAUGUCCUUCAGCUAUAUAUGGUCAGUGUUGUUUCACACGUCCUGUCUAACAAAAGCAUUGCAAUCUAAGCUAAAGAUGUAUUUAAGAUGCAUUUCACAUCCACCGGGUUUGCUUUGUGUCAACUCUACAGUAUGUUACAGACCCCCCCACCCCGUCUGUAUUUUGCAGUGUUCAUGCUUAUGCAUUUGACAAUGUUGAAUAAACAGCUGAACCGUAAAUGAAA